AACACAAUGUGAAUUCUCUCUUUGUCUGUCACGCAUCAAUCUUGGAUUUGAGUUAUCUUAUGGUUAGCUGAAAGUGAUAAAAGCAAAUCAGUCUGACAAUCACCAAUCUAUAGUACGGAGUGGAUCGAUUCCGAAUCGUUUACAAUUUUAAUUCUGUCGCAGCAACAUUAUUAUUUAUUUAUUUGUUUAAACCUUUUCAUUUUAGUAAAUUCAUAUAAAAUUUGUGGAAACAAUGUUUCACGUUUUAAUCUCGAUAUUUAUAAUAUUGUCAAGUUUCAUUAUUUACGGGGAAAUACGAAAAUGGUUUCUCAAAAGGAAGAUGCGAAAUAUUAAAUCGCCGAAGCAAUUGCCCAUUUUGGGUGUAGCUGGCCGGUUCAUCGGAAAGUCAAAUGAAGACUUUAUAAAUAUAGUGUUUGAUAUAUUUGACGAAGUGAAAUCGACGCCGAUUCAAGUGUGGUUGGGUCCAUUUUUAGUAAUUGGAAUAUCCGAGCCACAAGAUAUUCAAACCAUAUUAACGAGUCCUGACUGCCUGAACAAGCCGUAUUUUUAUGAUCAUUUGAAGUGUAAAACGUCGAUCGUCGCAACCAAUCGUGAAGUAUGGAAGCCACAUCGUCGUGCACUGAACCCAGCAUUUAAUUUAAAAAUGUUACAAAGUUUUGUGCCUUUGUUGAACCAAAAAACACACGUUCUAAUCAAACAGAUGGAACCGUUUCUUCAAGAGCCUGGAAAUGUAUAUCGAACGAUCUUCAUUGGUAUGAUUGACAUGGUUACCAAAACAACAAUGGGAACAGAAAUGAAUUUACAGCUGGACGGACGUGGUGCAUUUUUCUACGACACUGUCAAAUCAAUCAUGAAUAAUAUUCAGUAUCGACUAACAAGAUUUUGGUUUCGAUGGGAUUUCAUGUGGAAUAUAUCGAAAGUAGGGCGUGACGAAAAGAUUUCUUUAAAAAACGGUUACGACUUUAUCGAAAAAUUAUAUGAAAAUAAAGUGAAGGAAUUACAGUCGUUGAAAUCGCAAGGAAUUGACUAUUUGGAGGAGGUCAAAGAGAAAAAUGAAACAAAUAUUCUCGAAAAAUGCCUGAUUUUGGAACAAGAAGGAGUAUUCAGUCAUGAAAAUGUUAGGGAUCAAAUGCUUGUGAUUUUUUUUGCUGGCAUUGAUACAUCAUCAAUCGCUGUGUUUGCAACUUUACUAUUGUUAGCCAUGAAUCAAAAGCAUCAGGAUUUGGUGGUGGAGGAACUGCGAUCGAUUUUCGAUUCAGCCGAUUCGGAUGUGACACAAGACGAUUUAUCUCGAAUGCAGUACUUGGAACGUGUGAUUAAAGAAACGCUUCGAUUGUUACCACCAGGGCCAAUCAUUGGCCGAAAAUCAUCCACUGAUAUAAAAUUAUCAAAUGGAAUUAUUCCGCAAGGUGCAUUGAUUGUAAUUAAUAUCUUCCAUUUACAUCGGAAUCCAAAAGUUUGGGGUGAAAACGCGCUUGAAUUUGAUCCAGAUCGAUUUUUACCCGAAAACGUCGCGAAACGACCACCAUUUAGUUACAUCCCAUUUUCAGGAGGAGCCAGAAAUUGUAUUGGAAUGAAAUACGCAAUGAUAUCGGCCAAAAUCAUUCUCGCCCAUUUGCUACGAAGAUACAAAUUCAACACGGAUUUGAAGUUUGAGGAUAUUCGUGUGAUCACUCACCUUAUACUCGAAAUUUCCAAUGAUAAACCACUUCGAAUGGAAGUACGGAACUUUUAACAAAAGUUACAUUUUAGAAGAUAUAUCAAUUCAAACUUAAUCUUAAUGCGGCUUAAAAUUCAACAUUUUAUUCAAUUUACAAUAUCAAUGCAAAUUUUUUGAACUUUUUUCAUAUGGAAAGCAUCUGUAAUCUGUGACCCAUCUAUAGCAAUAGUCGACGC